GGCUCCUACUACUUCCGCGCGCUGCCCUGCGAGCUCUGCAGGGCGCCGUACCCGGCGUACUGCCGGUCCGAGGAGCGCGGCCGGGAGCCCUUGGUCGAGGUGCCCAGAUGCGAGGGGCCCUUCGUGGUUCUCGAGAACAUGAUGCGCGACGCCCAGCAGCACGUCGGGUGCAGUCAUCGAGAAUGCAAUGCAGCUGGUGCGCCGCACCGUCGGGAGAGUCACCACCAAUGGAGCCGGGGCCUCCACGUGCUCUCGCUGGCGGACGGCAAGCGCGUCACGAUGGGCCGCGGCCACGACAACAACGUGUGCAUUGCAGACGUGUCGACAUCACGAUGCCAUGCCACGAUUCGCUUCAGCGAGGGCAGCUUCAUCCUGGAGGACAACAAUUCCAAGUUCGGCACGCUGGUUUCGAUGAAGAAGCCCCGUCUGCUGGAUGCGGGCGCGCCGCUCUCCAUCCAGGCUGGCCGAACUGUCCUCAGUAUUUCGGCCGCGCUGGAGCCGCUGGAGACUGUGCAGGAGGAUGCGUUCCUGCCCUCCGAGGGCGCGCGCUCGAUGGAGGAGAACAAUGCAGCUGCCUGAGCGAAGAACUCAGGACGGCCUGUGUGACACAUCCCCUGUAGCUGAAAGUGCGCACAUAUUGAUCGCGCAGUCAUUUGAAGCAUUCUCCUAUGCGAGGAUUCUUAGUUUGCCUUGUGGCGUUUUUCUUCUCAACGCGUAGUCAUUUUGUGCGUUUUAGGCAUUGCAUGAACUGUUUGGAAUCGAGAGCAGUUGCGGGAGUUGGGCGCGUCCAUUGCGAAAGCUUUUCAACAGUGUCGUUCAGGCAGGCUCUGAUGAUACACUGGGCUUUCUAAACGCAGCUCGGGCCGCAUAACGCCUUGUCUGCACUCUGCGCCGUGUUCUCCUCACCAUCCACCUUCUCUGCCAACUGCUCUUCGUCCUCAC